GGCCCGGGGCCAGGCCGGGUAACUCCAGCGGCAUGGGGGACAUGAAGAAGGAAGUGAAGGUCUCUGCUCAGGCCCGCUACUUCCCUCACAGUGAGAAGCUGAAGCUGAUUGGCCCCGUCAUCAUGGGCGUCGGCCUCUUCAUUGUCAUCUGCGCCAACACCAUGCUGUACGAGAACAGGGACAUGGAGACCCGCCUGUUGAUGCAGAAAGGCCUCUACUCCAUGACCCCGGGCCUCCUCCAGGACUUCAGCCAGGAGGACAAGUACUGCCAGAGGAGGACUAGCUUGCCCCUCCUCAAGGCCAAUGCCGAGUGUGUCGAGGGCUGUUACGAGGUGGAUCUCUCCUCCAGCGGCUUCCAAUCCUGUUCCAGUCCCAGGAACAAAUGGGCCGACUGCUACGGGCACAACAGGCUCCAGACGACAGCCCAGCUGCUCCAUCACAAGGGGGUUUCCCCCUCCAUGUCCCUCCUCAGUGUCCGCUCAGACUCUGGCAACUCCAUGGAGGGGAACCUCAAUCUGUCCUUCACCCGCGGGGCCGAGUCGGUAAUUUCCUUGGCUGCCACCGCCCGGUCACUUCCCGUCAUCAAGGUGAACAACUGCCUCAUUGAGAAGCCAUCUGCAUCUCCAGGGGCGGGCGACGAGGGGGGGAUCAGCCUGGCAGGGGCACUGGAUGAGGCACCACGGCUCUCCUGGACUCUCCCACCCAGGGUCGGCAGCGUCUCCCCCAGAGGAGAUGACCUCCAGGGUGGCCAUGUCAUUAUUAACAUAGACAACAGGCCUCUGUCCGUCGCCGCUGGCGAGACGUACCUGGACCCAGAAGGCACCGAGAACGACUUCAACUCAGACGUUCAGCUCCACAAUCCGGGUCACUCCAAGUCGCUGGACCUUGGCAGCCCGGGCGUGCUGCUGGUGGCGCCCAUCAAAGACCGGAAGAACAGGAGCUGGCCUAGACUUGACCACAUCAGCCUGGUAGGCUACGCCAAACUGGAAAGCACGGGCGAGUCCUCCGACAGGCUAUUGGAGCAGACAGAUCAGCAGGGCAGGGACGAACCCAACACCAGCACCCAGGAGGUGGGAACAGAGAUGGGUUCAUGGGUCUGACUUGGCAGGGGAUGGGUGACAAGGCCAGGACGCCCUCCCGUCUUUUCAUUGCCUCACCUGAGGGACUGCUGGGUGUGUUCUUCUUUGAAGCAGAUGCCCCAAUGAUGGGGGGAGGUCAGGGCUGCUGACUGAGCCCAGGACAGGCCAGCUGCUCCUUAGGGGAGACUCUUCAAGGCAUAGUCGUCUUCUCCCCAGAGGCACCUGGUGCUGAGGUGUCGCUCGAUUUCUCAGUGGGCGGUUUGGCCUUGCCUUACGACCCCCUCUCCCCGAGCCACGUGGGGAAUCUGGGCUUAGACAAGCACCCCCAAAAGGGGAGGCGGGGUGGGGAUCCCUGCUCCUAAGCCACAUGGGCCCCUUUCCUCAUCAUUAGCUGGAAGGGCUGCGGCAGCGGGUGGGUGAGGGGGCACCCCACUGCCCCACUCCGCUAAGCAAUUCACUGGCCAAUGGCACACUAAGGCUACCAGGGUUAUUAAAUGUUCUCUCGCCACCA